UGGACUUCAGUCCUUUGGGCUUGAAAUAGAAUAGGUUGCAUCUUCUAGUUCACGUUUACGUGAAGUUCAAUAUACGAUGUCCUUACUCAAGGUUUAUCCGGAUUCCCAGCGGCUCACAACUUUCUCCAGGCUCUCCGCCCACUCAGGUUUCUUUUCCCCUUUCACUGCCCCAGCUCAGACGUGGGACUCGGCCUCUUCUCUGGAAUUGGAGACAUUUGGGAUUUCUCCAAAACCACGUGCACAAGGCAAAUGUGUGGGUGGUGGACUUUUUCUGAAGGUUCAGAGCACUAGGUGGCUACCUUCCCCGAUGUCAGCAGCACGUCAGGCGCGCCUGCCUCUCAGGCUCUGCCCGCAGUGGGCGCGAGCCGGGCUGCACGGGGUGGUGGGCGUGGCCGUGGGCCGCCUGCGUGGGUGUGGCCACUGGCCCAGCCUGAGGCUGGACGCCAGGCCCGAGCAGGCCCUCUUUCUAGGCUCCCCUCGCAUCAGUUUCCCCCACCCCGUGUUUAUCUCGUGCUCUCCACCGCAAGAUUACAGCCCAGGCCUCCUUGGUGACUCUAGCAGCGGUCACUCUGGGCCAGAACCGACCAACCAGAGGAAAGUGAACCGUGAUGGGCUUGCAAAACUCCAUGCCUUUAUUCUUGUUUUUCUAUCUGCAAAGUGGGACCCACUAACGUGUUGGAGCUCUGCAAGAGGAAAAUUUUCCCUAACAUGCCAGCCUGGGAUAACAAAAAGAUUGCAAUGCCAAGAUGGUCAUCGAAGACCAAAUGUGCAGUUUCAAUAAGUGAGAAAACUGGCCUUCACCCGUGAGAGAAAGUCUCAGAACUAGGAGACUAGGGGUGCUAUGGAAGCCUUUGAGAAGAAAGCUAUGAACUGGUUCCUUAGAAAAAAGGAGUUCCCUAGAAAAAAAGAUCCAUUCAAGAAUUUGCCGUAUGACCCAAAUGAUCAUGAAUUGAAGAACACCUUUGUAGAAGAGGUAUUUUUCAUUAAACUCAUGAAUCAUUUAAAUCAGUAAAUUAGUGGAAAUUUCCAUUUUGUUUUUGUGCGAGUGAUGGUGUUGCUGGGGACAUUGGGGAGACUAGGGUGAUUAAAGAAGUUGCUGCAAAGUCAGUUCUCUGAUCCUACGAUAGGACCUUCUGGAAAGGUCCUUACGUAACUACCUUACUUCUCCAAUAAAAAGCUGUGCAUUUCUCGCCCCUUAACUGAUUUUGCACUUCCACUUUAAAUGUAAUUGCAGAUGAAGGACUGGAAACAACAAAAACCCCCUAAAGGUCCGCAGAA